AUGGAGGAAAAACCCUGGUCUGAUCUUCAUAGCGAUCUUACCUCAAUGAUCUCAGAUCAAUUAGGGUUAAUUGAUCUUCUCAGUUUCCGUGGUGUCUGCAACUACUGGAGAUCUUCUUGUUCAAAUUCUUCGGCGGAAAUCGAAUCCUCAGUACCCAAACCAUGGUUCCUGCUGUACGGUGAAUCUGCUCGGUGUUCUCUAUUAACCAACGACGAUAGAAUCUUUCGGAUUGAGAUUCAAGAAAUGGCCGAAGCAAAAUGUCUGGCAUCUUUCGUAGGAUGGUUCCUUUUGUACUGCAAGAAUAGGAAAUCACUCUCCUUCUUCUGCCCAUUUUCUAGGGCCAAAAUAGAAAUCCCACAAUGUCCAUUAAUCUCAGAACAAUCAGAAUCUGCAGAAUCAGACAUUUUUGCAGCAUUUUCAUCUUAUCCUACAGAUCCAGAUUGUGUUGUCGCGGUCGUCAAACGUAAGAAUUAUGCAAAACUGAAGCUUUGUUUGCUUCGUCGUGGUGAAUCAGAAUGGAGCUUUCAUAGGCAUUUAUGGCCAGACUUUGGUAAGAUUAAAAGUAUUGCUCUUCAUGAAAGAGCUUUUCACUUCUUGGAUGAAUUUAACAAGUUAGUGGCCUUUGAAUAUGAUACAAUGAAAUGGAUGAACUAUGAAAUUAAACCCAGAAGCCCUAAGGGUAGUAAGAGUACUGGUAACAAAACAUUGGACUAUUGGGUAGAUAAGAGUUGGAUUCAUAAAGAACCUUUCUCUUCCAAUUCUGAUAAGAUGAAGAAACUUCUUGGAAUAGAGGAUCCUUGUUGUUCUAUAUCAGUAUGUGGGACUAUGGUUCUUAAAGGUGGUGUUAAUGAUCGUGUGAUUUCACACGAGUUUCUUGAUGAUUAUGACGAAGAUCAUGAUGAUGAUGAUGAAUCGAAGCCACGCAGGGAAUUGAAAGGUGUAUGGUUUCAACCAAGAUUUCAUCAAAUAUCACAAGAUCAAAGAUGGUGA